AUGUUUUACGCGCUUUAUCUGGAAUGCUGCGCAACAGGCCCAAACUCGCCACUCAAAAUCACCAACGAGCCUGGCCUUCCUCUCCACAAAGCUGCUCUGCCUCAACCUACCACCUUCCCUCUUGACAACACUCGCUAUGUCAGAAUGCUGACGGAGCUCAUGGAACGUAAGAAGGGAUGGUAAGUAGCCCUAGAUAUCAGCACAGCAGCGAUAGCUAAGGAUAACACGUUUUAGGAGCCUCUACUGCGUGACUGAAAGGAAGCCUUACUUGAAUGUCUGGAUUAUCAAGGGUGAGGAACCAGAAGUCAAAGCACCAGUACAGCAGCCAGUACAGCAGCCAACGGAGCAGCUAGCACAGCUAUUGUAUCAACUUAUACAACAACAACAAGCCCAACAACCAACCCCACAAUCGCCCCAACAUCCACCGCAAUAUCCACGAGAAGAUCUGCGAAAUCGCCCAUCACAAUAUCACCAACCGCCACAUUAUGAGCAUAUUCCGAGGCAUGAAGACGCCGAAAGAGGGAGGUACUGA